AUGGAUCAAAUGCAAGUGCCGGCAAGUCUGCCGCAUAUAGUGCAAGUGUAUCCUCCAUCAGUCUCGAUACAUCCGUCCCUGCACUCACAAGGCAAGGUUUCUUACCAACAGACCAUUACAUCUGAGUCACUACAAAUACCAGUUACUUCACAUAUUCAUGACAUUCAAAACCAGCAUUUAAUAUCUCAAAAUCAAACUGUUAUGUCCUGCCAACAGAUACAUUUACAGAAUGUGCAACCAAUACAAACUCAAAUGCAAUCUCUCCAAGGAGACAUGACGCAGCAGUUACAAAUUACUUCUCAUGUCAUUCUACCACAAGUGCCUAUGUUUAAACAGCAUCUGUUAACUAAUAGCUUGCAACAACAGUAUUUUGGUCAAUAUGAGACAUUUUUGAAAGAUCCACCAUGUGUGAUUGCUAAGGUUGAGCCUGAAGUUCAAGUUAUAAAUGAAAAGCCUAUAGAGACUAAACCAGAGACAAUUAAUGAAGUGGAAGUGAAAAAAAAGAAGAUAAAAAGACCCUUCCGAAGUAAAGUUCGCAACCCUAGCUCUUGGGCUUGUAAUGUGCGAAAAUUGAAACACCAAAGAGGUGAAGCAUAUAUUAGUUGUAGAGGAAAAUAUGUCCCUGAAAAACAAGUGAGCACAACUAAAGACUGUUUGUAUUCAUGCAAAUUCAAAUGCAAUGAAAAAAUUAGUGAUGCAGAUAGACAACAUAUUUUUAGUGCCUUUUACUCCUUAAACGCUAAUGAGAAAAAACAUUUUUUACUUAACACUACUGAGCGAAAUAGUAUAAAAGCUAAGAAAAAAGACUUAGAAAAUAAUAAAAGAAAGUAUGCAUUUAAAUAUUUUUUUGUUGUACGAGCAGUAAGACAUGUAGUAUGUAAGAAUUUUUACUUGGGCACUUUAGCAAUAUCUCAAAGACCAAUAUACAAUGUUCAUAUGAGUAAAUCGGAAUUAAAUUUACCUAAGCCUGAUGGCAGAGGACAGUCUGAGUCCAGUGCACAUCCAUUGCCAGCGGAACUAAAAGACAGAGUUAGAAAACAUAUAAUGUCCUACACAACUAUUGACGGUAAACCUAUAAAACAAUUUUCCUUAAAAAAACAAUAUCUAGCGUCUAAUUUAAGUAUAAAGCAAAUGUACAAUAUGUACGUAAGCGAAUGUACUAAAGAUAAUGCAACACCUGUUAAAGAUUCGAUGUAUAGAAAGAUUGUGAGAAUGGAAUUCAAUGUGCAUUUUAAAAAAGAUAAGCCCGGACAGCAACUUUGUACUAAAUGUAAAGGAUCUUUGAAACAAAAA